GCCGCAUCUUUGCGGUGCUGCUGGCGGCAUGGGUGCUGGCGGGGGUGUCGAUGGCGGUGUGGCUGUGCUACUCGCGGCACGCGUCGUACGAGAGCGAGCGGUGGCAGCACCUCGACACGUGGUGCUACGAGCGCGCCAAGCUCUUCGAGCAACACACACUCACCACCGUCAGCCACAUUCAUACCUUUGCAGGGCUGGCAUCCGUGAUGGGGAGGCCCAGGGCGCAUGGGCAGUGGGCGUGGGACAAGUGUUUUACGCAGCAGCGAUGGGACGAGUACAUCAAUAAGACGGGUUAUGCCCGCCCGGGGAACACAGGAGGAGCGUUGUGCCCGUUUGUCACCGACAAAGAGAGGCCAGCGUUUGAGAAGCAGUACGGCGGGCCGAUAGUGGACAUGGCAGGGCAGCCGCAGCAGCGCCAGCCGCUCUACUGCCCCAAGCUGCUCGAUAUCAACUACUACCGCGGCUCCAUCCCUCUCAUGGACCUCGUGCAACGCCUGCCUGAGGAGUUGCAUCUGGUGAAGCGCACGGGGGAAGUGGUGUUUGGUGCUGUUGUGCCGAUCGGGAAUCUCUCCUUCAACCUCACUGGCGUUCGGCAUGAGGCAGGGGAGGAAGUGAUGGGGGCGGCGGGGUCGGUGGUAGAUCUGGUGUCCAUCAUUCAGAAUGUGCUUGAGAAUGUGUUUAGCCCAGCUUUAUUUAACUCGGUGGUGGAUCUGGUGUCCAUCAUUCGAAACGUGCUUGAGAAUGUGUUCAGCCUAGACCCCUCGAUCACGUUUGAGGCGUAUGACACAACAGACCCAAGCGCACCCACGGUGAUCUACGGGCCGGGCCCAAGGCUACUGUUCUACAAGGAGAGGGACAUCGCACCCUUCACUGCCGCCUCGCCCGCCAAUGCCACACGCCCCUGGGAGCAGCGAGCUGUCGUGCCUCUUGACCUGCUCGGUGGCCGCCUGCGCCAGUACCACGUGUGGUGCCGCUACACCCAGCCGACCAACGCAUGGCAAUCAUGGGGCGUGCCCUUCCUCUGGACGAUGCUCUCCCUCGUGCUCACAGCCCUAGUAGCAGCCGUAGCAUGGCAGCAGCGCAUGGGCUUCCAGCGCAACCAGGACGGAUUGGCAAAGGCAGACGUCGUCCGUGAGAGCGCAUUAGCAGUGGAGCGGUCCAAGAGUCAGUUUGUGGCGUCCAUGUCUCGCGAGUUGCGCACGCCCAUGAUCGGCAUCAUGGGGUUAUUAGACGCUCUGGCUGACAUGGGGCUGAGUGGGGCUCAACUAGUGGAUGUGGGGGCGGCGAGGGUAUCAGCGCAGGACACGGUGCGGCUGGUGAAUCGUGUGCUCGACCUCUCAAAGCUGGAGGCGCCCUGUUGUGUGGUGGGAGUGGUGGAUAUGAAAGUGCCUUUGGAGUUGGAAAUGGAUGCCAUGAGACUCACACAAGCGUUGCAAGAGCUUGUAGACAACGCGCUUCACCACACCACAGAGGGCCAUGUGCUGCUGCGAGUGGCUGUGUGCCCCGCCUCCACCCCUCUACAGGACGCCCUCCACCAACUUGAUGCAUCGGAUGCACCAAUCCAGCCAUGCCCUCCUCCCAGCCCCUCUUUCUUCGCCCGGGCUACUCACUUCGCCACCAUUCUCACAGCACGCUUCACUCAAACUCUCUUAAAGCCCUGGACUAAAGCGGACGUAGCAAGACAGAGUGCAGCAACGGAAGGGAGAGCAAUAGUAGGAGCAGCGGAAAAAACUGCAGGGGAAACGCCAAGGGAGGGGGAGCAAGUGAGGGAGGGUCUUGGAGGGGAGGGGGGAAGUGAGGGGUCUCGGGAUGGUAAUGGAUGGAGCAGGGAUGGGGAAGAGGAGGGUGUGCAGAUGAAGUGUGGGAAUGCUAUUGAUUCACUCACAGGGGGAGGGGAGUGCAUGCAGCUGGUGGUGUCGUGUGAGGAUACCGGCUGUGGCUUCGAUGCAUCUCUUCAACAAUACCUUUUCCAGUUCAAGGUUAGUUCGAAGCAAGCAGAGAGUGUUCCUGGGCAACCUUUGGGGGAAGAGGGUGCGAAUGGAGGGGAGGAUGGGGAGAAUGGAGGGGAGGAGGGGGAGGAGGAUAAGAUUUGGCCGGAGGAUAUGUGGGGAUGUGGCGCAAUCUCGAGACAUAGGAACAGACUGAAUCGCAACAGCAGCAGCAGAAGCAAGGGGGGAGUGCGACAUUUAACGGCAGAGGGAGGGGGGCAGCGCGAAGGGCGGAAGGGGGAGAGGGAGGAGGGGAUGGGGUGUGUGUUGGGCCUGGAAGGAGUGACUGUUGGUGUGAUGGGAAGUGAUGUGUACAGGCAAGAGCCCUCCAUUUCCCUCUCGCUCCACCCUCUCCCAUCCCUCCCUCAUCAGCUCACAGCACGAAUUCUAUCAACACUCUGUGCACAGGCACACUUGCUUCCGCCCCCAGCAGCAGAAGCCUCCGGAACGGUUCUGAGUCAUGUGGGGGGGUCGGUGGGGAGCAGUCACAGGGAAUCCAACAGAGAUGCCAGUGGAGAAGAGUCCUUUUUGUCUCCAUGCUUUCUCAACACGAGUCAUGUGGGGGACAUGGUGGGGAGCAGUGGCCGGGAGUCUGGAGAGGAGAGUAGUGGGAGGAGAUUAUUAUCAUCUCCCUGCCAUUCUCAGGCCACCAGUCAUGUGGAGGGGGUGGUGAAGAUUGGUACCGGGGAUUCAGGAGGGUGGGCGGCGAGGUGGUUCGGUGGAAAGAGGGGGAGAGAGGGAGGGGAAAGCAGAGACGGAAGGGAGGAAAAGGAGGUGAGAGAGAGUCGACGCUGGGUGGUGGUGGUAGAAGAGGAGGAUGUAUGGAGAGUGCAGUGUGAGGGAGAAGCGGAGGUAGCUUGUAAUGGUGCAUGGAGGAGGGUAGGAGGGGAGGUAGUUUGUAAGGGUGCUGGGGGAGGCAGCAGGGAGGCAGGGGGGUGGCAUACGGGCGUUCAAACGUGGUGCAAGAGAGUGCCUGUGGUGGCACUGGUGCCUGCAGAUGCGGCAGUGUGGCAGGCAGGCGUGCGGGUGGUGAGAGGGUUGGAAGGGAUGGCACGUGGUGCUCUGGUGGUGGGGGUGGUGGUUGUCAUGGACUGUUGUGGUGAAGAGGCGAUGGGGGAUGGGCGCGAAGGGGUGGAAGAGGAGGAAGAGGAGGAAGUGGAGGAAGAAGAAAAGUGGGAGAAGAGUGCGGAAGAGGAAGAGAGGAGAGAGGAAGAGAGGAGAGACGUGCAAGACACAGAAUCUGGAGAAUCUGGUUCAAUAAAAAAGCACAGAGCACCUUUUUGCGCGCUUGCAACUGCUGUUGCCUCGUCCAAUCACCCUGCCUCAUCAACCGUAUCUCCGGGAUCCGCCACAUCUGCAGCAUCUGCCUCUGCCACAUCUGCGGCCCCUGAUGUCUCUACUUUCUCUGCUGCCUCCGCCGCCGCCUCUGGUGUCUCUACUGCCAUCUCACCCCGGGUGGUCAUCUGUCGCCCCCCGCUGCUCCCUCACCAUCUGCACCACGCCGUUCAGCUGGCUGCGUUCGGUCGCAACCACUUCGCAGGGGGAAAGUCAAGGCCAGAUGACCCCGAGCAAGGUGGACGUGAAGAGUCUGAUAUUGUGGCGCCUCAAGGAAAGCCUGUUCUUGAGUCGACUCAAAAAGAGGCUGGGCCAGCUGAUACGGAGCAAGGUGGACGUGAAGAGUCUGCUAUUGAGGCGCCCCAAGGAAAAGAACGAGGAGUGCAUGGAGAUUGGGAGGCAAAGGAGAAGGGCACAGAGGUGCUGGGAACGAGCCUGGGUGCGGGUUGUAGCAGGUGCACAGGGCGCACAGUACCAGGUGAUGAUUCCAGCAGUGGAAGCAACAGCGCCAGCAGUAGAAGGGGAGAUAUGGCAGUUGAAGACACUGGGACGCUUGAAACAGCACCAGCAGCAGAAUCAGCAGCAGCAGCAGCAGCAGCAGCAGCAGCAGCAGAAUCAUCAACAGCAGCAGCAGCAGUGACGAGACUGGGUGCGGUCACAGCUAUGCGCUCUCUAUCUGCCAGUGCUGCCUCACCUGCCACUGCCACCCAGUCAGCCCGAGAGCUGCAGCGGCGCGGUGGGUCGCUGCCAAGCAAGGGAGGAACCGCGGUGCUGCAGGGGGUGGGUGUGCAGGCAGGCACGGGGUUGAAUGCGGUGCAGCAGGGUGCGGGGGUGCUAGGGGGGGUACAUGUGCUGGUGGUGGACAAUGCGGCGGUGAAUCUGCUGGUGGCGCGCCGCACUCUCACUCGCAGCGGCGCCACCGUCGCCACCGCUGCCAGCGGGGAGGAGGCGCUGCGGCAAGUCAAGCUCGCUCUGGAGGGCACCGUACACCCCAUGGAACCUGCCUUGGGGGGCAGCGCACAGCCUGCGGAUGGGCAUGUGGAUGUGGUGCUCAUGGACCUGCAGAUGCCCCUCAUGGACGGGCAGUGGAUUGGGUGUGGUGCUCAUGGACCUGCAGAUGCCCCUCAUGUUGACGUGAAUGCCACUCUCACCACUCUGCCUGCCUGCCAUGUGUGCCCAGUGGCAUACUUCUCCUCUCCUGAGUCGACUCAAAAGUCACCAUGUGUGCCCAGUGGCAUGCUUCUCCUCUCCUUCAAUGCCCUUGCUCUCUCCAUCGCUGCUCCCCCCGCUACCUCAAUGUAA